AUGGGAAUGGGGUCAGACCACAAUGUCACCCGCCGAGAACAGUACCCCAAGCACUUGGACAACAUCAUAACCCUUCUCACCGAGGUACUCAGCAUCUUCCCAGCUAGCUCGGUCCAGGUUGUGUCGAUGAUAGUGGCCCUCUUCAGGCCAGUCAUCACCAGCCUGCGAGCAGUGGGGGUGAACAUCCUGGUUCAUACUGAGGAGAACCUGGAUAGCAUCCAGGCCCUGGUGGACCAGCUCCAGGAGAAAGCCAGGGAGGGCACCUUGAAGUCAGACAGCUACUCCUUCAUCACCCCAGAAGGGGACGCUCCGCCUGGGGAGGCCGACUUCAGGACCCUGUCCAUCUAUCCCACCCCCGAAGAUUUCCAUCAGUUCGAGAAGCCGUUCCUCAGGCCCAACCUCACGUCCCAUCGCUAUGGCAGCGCUAUGCUGUACCUGGACACUCACUUCCGGCUCAUGCGGGAGGACUUUGUGAGGCCUCUCCGAGAGGGCAUCCAGGAGCUGUUACAUAGCCUGCAGGACACGGACAAUAAAGUCCAGCUGAAGAUGAGGCGCUUUGACGACAUCAGGGUGUAUUUUGACACCAGAAUUGGGGUUCCGGUGUGCACUUCGUCGGGUUUAACCUAUAAGGUCCACUUUGAUUCAAAACCACUGAAGUCUAUCCGCUGGGAGAACUCCAAGCGGCUGAUCUACGGCUCGUUGGUCUGCAUGUCCUGUGACAACUUUGUCACUUGCCUGUUUGCCACUGUGUCGGACCGGGACCCCAAGGAGCUAAAGAAAGGCUUUGUCCAGCUCCAUUUGUCGGCAGAGAGCAGGCGAGCCCUGGCCGGACUGGAGACACGUCAGCCCUUCCUCAUGGUGGAGACCACUGCCUACUUCGAGGCCUACCGCUACGUCCUCGAAGGGCUGCAGGAACUGGAGGUAGAGGACCUGCCCUUCCUGAGGUACAUAGUAGAAUGCAGCGCAGAUGUCCAUCCGCCCGCCUACCUGCACAGGGCGGACAGUUACAACCUGUCUGCAAUCGCCAGGCCCAAGUUUAUGAAGAGCAUCCAUCCCUUCCGCGCCCUGGACCCCGCGGCCUGGCCCCCCAGGGAGCAGCUGGGACUGGAUGAGUCCCAGAUGAGAGCCCUUCAGCUCGCCCUCACCAAGGAGCUGGCCAUCAUCCAGGGGCCGCCAGGCACAGGAAAAACGUACACAGGACUGAAGAUCGCUGAAGCUUUGUUGACCAAUCAGGAGUUGUGGAGUGAUGACCUUGGCCCCUCCCCGAUGCUGGUCGUGUGUUACACCAACCACGCUCUGGAUCAAUUCCUAGAAGGCAUCCAUGGGUUUUUACCCAACGGUAUUGUGAGAGUGGGGGGUCGUAGCAGCAGUGAGGUACUGAAGCGCUUCACUCUGAGGGAGCUGAAGAUGUCCAAAAAGACCCAGCUACCAAAACACCUUCGCCGCGCCAACGGCGAGAUUUAUGAUGCACUGCGGACAGAAGAGUCCAAAAUCCAGGAUCACUGGGCCCAGAUGGAGUGCAGCCUGCAAGGCGUCUUGAGGGAGAAACUCCUCAAAACGUUCAUGUCAGAGAGACACUGGGAAAGCCUGAUGUUCAACUCUGGUCUCUAUGGCGGGAUGUCAAUUCUGAUGGAGUGGCUGGGAGUUGGUUCCACUGCUUUCCAGCAGAUGGCACCAGAUCCUCAAAAUGGAAAUACAGAUGAGGAGAUGGAUGAGGCUGAGAACGAGGAAGAAGAAGACCUGAUUGAGAUAGCAGAGGAGGCAGAUCUGAUUCAGCAGGAACGCUUCGUGGAAGACUUGGACACAGGGGAAGACUUGCACGCAGGGGAUGGCCGGGACGAUAAUCGGAAAAAGACAAAGGACUUUAUCAGGGAUAUGUCGAAUCUGAUGCUGGCCAUGAACCUGGAGGACAGUGGGAUACAACCAGAACAGAAUCACGAAGUCUGGGAGAUGCAACGCAAGCAAAAGAAGAAGAUGAAACGUCAUAUCAGCAGGGAGCUCGGCAAGAGCUCGGCCAUGACGGAGGUGGAGGAAGACACCACCCUGAACGUGUGGACCCUCAGCCAGCCAGACAGAUGGCGGCUUUACCGAUUAUGGGUUGGGCGUUUCCGUGCGGACCUGGUCUUGCGAGCCCAGGAGGCGGAGCAGCGCUAUCAGGACACCUCGGAUCGUCUGGCCGAGAUCCGUGUCCGUGAGGACAUAUGUGUUCUGCAGGGCGCCAAGGUCAUUGGCAUGACAACCACGGGGGCUGCUAGGUGCCGGAAAGUUUUGCAGGAAGUGCGUCCCCGCCUGGUGAUUGUGGAGGAGGCCGCAGAGGUGCUGGAGGCUCACACCAUCACCACUCUGAGUCAGGCGUGCCAGCACCUGAUCCUCAUCGGAGACCAUCAGCAGCUCCGGCCCAGCGCAACAGUGUACGAUCUUGCCCGAAACUUCAACCUUGAGGUGUCCAUGUUUGAAAGGCUGGUCAAGAUGGACUUUCCAUAUGUCAAACUUAACUAUCAGCAUCGUAUGAGGCCAGACAUUGCCCGUCUGUUGGUCCCUCAUAUCUACACUGAGCUAGAGAACCACCCCUCUGUGAUGGAGUAUGAUAACAUCAAGGGGCUUCAGUCAAACAUGUUCUUUGUGGACCAUAACCACUAUGAGAAACACAUCAAUGAUAGCAAGAGUCACCAGAACCUUCACGAGGCCCAGUUUGUGGUGGCGCUGUGUCGGUAUCUCCUGUUACAGGAAUACAAUCCAUCCCAGAUCACCAUUCUCACCACUUACACAGGCCAGCUCUACUGUCUGCGAGACCUCAUGCCAGCGAAAGAGUUUAAAGGGGUCAAAGUUCAUGUUGUGGACAAAUAUCAAGGGGAGGAGAAUGACAUUGUCCUGUUAUCCCUGGUGCGAAGUAACAAAGAGGGCAAGGUGGGCUUCUUGAGUAUCCCGAACCGUGUUUGCGUGGCCUUGUCACGGGCUAAGAUGGGCCUCUACUGCAUCGGAAACAUGGCCAUGUUGGGAAAGGUCAAGCCUUGGACUGACAUCCUGCAAACACUGCGAGAGAAAGACCAAGUGGGUAAAGCCCUGACCUUGUGCUGCCAGAACCACCCCGAGCGGCUCACUAAAGCAUCCUGCGCAGAGGACUUCAAAAAUGCUCCGGAGGGAGGCUGCAACCUGCUCUGCGAGUUUCGCUUGGACUGUGGCCACGUAUGUACCAGGGUCUGCCACCCGUACGACCAAGAGCACAAAAAGUACAACUGCAUCAAGAAAUGCCCAAAGAUCCUCUGUGAGCUUGGCCAUCCGUGCCCCAAACAGUGCUAUCAGGAGUGCCCUCCUAUCUGCAGGCAGCGGUUGGUGAAGAUCGUGCCACAGUGCCAGCAUAAACAGAUGGUGCCCUGUCACCAGGAUCCAGAGACGUUUGUGUGCCAGGAGCCCUGUGAGAAGAAGCUGACGUGCGGUCAUCAGUGCGCCUCGGUGUGUGGGGAGUCAUGCACCACCGCCUGCAUGGAGACGGUCACCCUGAAGCUCAAGUGCGGUCACCAACAACAAUGUCCCUGUCAUUACAAGACAUCCAUGACACUGCCGGAAUGCACGGCCACCUGCCGCCAGACGCUGAAGUGUGGCCACCCCUGUCCCGGCUCCUGUCGGAGGUGCCACCAGGGUCGCUUCCACGUGGCCUGUUCCCACCGAUGUAGCCGCCUCCUAGUCUGCUCUCAUGAGUGCCAGGAGCCGUGCACGCGUGAAUGCCCGCCUUGUCCAAUGCCCUGCAGGAACCGCUGCGUCCACAGCGCCUGUAUGAGGCCCUGUGGUCAACCCUGCGUCCCCUGCAUCGAGCCCUGCGCCUGGCAAUGCGCGCACCUGCGCUGCAGUAAGCUCUGCCACGAGCCUUGUGACCGCCUGCCGUGCACGCAGCCCUGCAACAAACGGCUGCCGUGCGGGCACCUCUGCAUCGGCCUAUGCGGAGACACCUGCCCGGACGAGUGCCGUGUUUGCCACCCAGAUGAGGUGGGGGAGAUCUUCUUCGGUACGGAGGACGAUGCCGAUGCCUGCUUCAUUCAGCUGGAGGACUGCGGACACUUCUUUGAAUCCACGGCCAUGGACAGGUACAUGGGGAACGACUACACACAACAGGACGCCCGGGAGGAGAUUGCAAUAAAGUUAAAGGAGUGCCCCAGGUGCCGCACCCCGAUUCGGCGGAAUCUCCGAUAUGGGGUUCAUGUCAAUCAGAGUCUGGCGGAAAUUGAGAAAGUGAAGGAGAAGAUUAAUGGGCUUCAGUCAGAUAUUGAGGGACAGAAAUCGAUCCUUAAGCAGCAAUGGAGCGACAACAAAGACUUGAAACAUUUCCUACUGACGGAGUACCUGGUGAUCACGGAGAAGCUGAACGCGUCCCACCUGACAGCCAAGGAGCUGUGGGUCAUAGAGAACCAGAUGUUGUUCCUUGAGAAGCUGCACAAGCUAAAGAGUAGUGUAGGAAACCUGUCAAGUCUAGAAGAUUUUGACUUUGAAGAGAAAGUGGAGGAGUUCCUAUUGUGGCUGAUGGAUCAUAACCAGAAGUUCUCAGAGCAGCAGGCAUCAGAUCUGCAGAAUGAGCUACGGAGACUCUCCUUUUUGGCCGAGCUCAACAUCCGUUGCAAGAAUGCUGGAAACAAAGCCAGUGAUGUCAAAGUUCUGGCUGAGGUCACAGCCAUAAGGACCAUUCUGAAUAGAAUGGCACCAUUCAGUCAGCUAGACGAGAGCUUGGUAAAGCAGGCCCUGAAAGACCUGGAUCAAAAGCUUCCAAAGACUGGCCUGGGGAUCACCGACGAGGAGAGACAAAUGAUCGUGUCGGCCAUGAUGUUGCCCAAAGGGCACUGGUACAAGUGCCCCAACAAUCAUGUCUAUGCCAUCGGGGAAUGUGGCGGCGCAAUGGAGAGUCGUAGCUGCCCAGAGUGCAAAGCGACAAUUGGAGGGGCCAACCAUGCUCUGGUCAGUGGCAACACUGUGGCGUCAGAGAUGGAUGGGGCGCAACACGCAGCCUGGUCGGAAGCUAACAACGUUCUGAACUUCGACUUGAGGAACUUGGCUGAUUGA